UGCCGCGGUGCACUCGGCCCGAACACAGUCAGCGGGCAUCGCGCGCGCCGUUCUCAUCCGCAUCAGAUAAAAUAUUAUUUUAUAAUACUUGUAAAAUAUUUAACGCAGUGGCAGUACCUACCUACAUAUUCUGCCUAUUCGGUACCGUAAAAAGUGUGUCGCGUGUCUUUGGUUUUUUUACGUUUUGGUCGUGGCGGAGACGAUGACGACAACGACGUCACAGAAUAUCGCCACAACAGUAUCGUAUUCUGGCAACGCGCCGUCGGUUCUCCACAAUAAUAUUAUUAAUGUUGUUAUAAUAACAAAACUCGCCUCGUUGUCAUACCUCGGUGGUGUACACUGAAACGUCAUUAACGCGAGAGUACAGCUGCAGUCGUCGCGGGCCCAUUUGUAGAAGAAUAUUAUAAUUUACAACAGGAUCUGGCUGCAAUCUAUCUAUAUUUGACGUUUAUUAUUUUAUACAGUAAUAAUUAAUCGGUACAGCGGUCGUGGUAAUAUCCGAAAUCACUGGACGAGAUGACCAAUCCGUACGCCCGCCCAACGGUACAGCCGCACAUUGAAGAUCUGCCGACCGAUUGCGGAUUGCAAUGGCUGGGAUAUUCAUUAUGUCGAUCUUGGAUUAGAUGCGCUACAGCUGGAAAAUAUUUGAUUACUAUAACAUUGUUUGUUUUCUUCCAAACAGCGUCGCAGAGAUAUUUUUUUUCAACCUUAGAAUCAAAAAGCUAUAAUAUACCUAAAGAUAUAUCAAAUUGGCUAUGGAUUAUCAGUGGAUUUGUUCAUUUGACGUUGUCAACAUUCGUUGGAUACCGAGGGGGAAAACGCAACAAGAAUUCGUGGAUUGCAUUUUUUGGGAUCCUGCAAGGAAUUUUUGCCGUCUUACUAGCUUUGAUCAAUGCAUCCGAUCAUUACAGCUUUCAGCGACCAUCGGCUUUAGCUUUGGCCACGUUGGAAACGCCACUGUGCGACUCCAUUCACGGUGCCCACGUAAAGGAAUCGUACGUCCCGUUUCACUUGGUGAAAACUGCAGUGUUGUUCUUGCUCCAAGUUAGCAUGUCUUUGGGAAGUACAGCCUUAUUGGCUUUAGGCUUAGGUCUACUCGAUGAAUCGGUAACUCCGACCAAAAUACCGGCUUGCAUAGGCGUGGUCAUCGGUUCAUCGCUACUGGGCCUCCAAACGGGGUUGAUGGUGGGGAAAUUUGCAUUUCACGUAAGCACUAACUUCAAUUUGGCCGGUGAUAUCGUAUGGCUCACUAUUGGUCUGAUUUUGAUUGUUGUAUCUUUCAUCGUGGCCUUAUAUCCAAGCAGACUAGUCACGAGCCAAGCUUCAACGUUAAUACGCAACAGUCCAAUUUAUCGAAACAACAGAUACGAUUUCAGGAGCACGCUGGGAAGAAUUUUCAGUAAUAAGUUAAUUUUAUCCAAUAUUGCCGCCAUCGCAUGCGUAUACACAGUAUUAAUUAAUAUGUUGUACGAAGAACCUAAUUACAUGGAAUCGGUGUUUUUCGUGCCCAAACACACAACAGAUGCAACUGAUCAAAAUACCAUAAUCGUUGAUUUUCUAAGAUAUCCUUUGGCAGCAGUUUGCGUGUUUUUAUCAGGCGUAUUAAUAUGUAUUGUACAGCCAAGAGCUACGCUAUUAGCCGCCUGGAACAUUGGCAUAAUUUGUGUUGUGACUAUAUUAGUCUUCACCAGCAUGUUCUUACGGUGUUCCAAAAUACAAGUACACAAUCAAAUAACACACAAGUCCGAUCUAAACGAAUAUUGCAAUAAAGAUUGCAAUUGCCCGGACAAUAUUCCAUUUGAACCGGUUUGUUCGACAACCAGCCAUAUAGUCUAUUAUUCACCCUGUCACGCCGGUUGCAGGACCCAAGACCUGUAUUCCAGACAGGAGUAUGUCAAGUGUGCUUGCGUCCACACCGAUUACGCCAGCAAGCGUGCUUGUUAUGAUCAUAACUGCCACCAAAUGAACAUCGGGUAUCAAUCAAUUUCAGUGUUGAUCCUGUCGCUGUUGGGCACGUGUAUUGUUGGUACAAUAAUUUUAUUGCUCAGAAGCGUAGAACCUGAUGACCGCACCACAGCUUUGGGAUUCGCCGUAACUUUCAUUUGUUUGAUGGGACAUGUGCCUGGAAAAAUACUUUACAUAUUUGUUGGACAUUUAACGUGUAUUUUGUAUGACAACAACAAUCAAUGCCGGUUAAAUGGCUCCGCGACGUUUUCCACCUAUCUCAGUCUGUCCAACAUAUGUAUACUCAUGACGUCAGCAGCGCUCUAUGCAUGCGUGUGCUUAAUGUCAAGGCCAUUGCGUCCGUAUGGAACUUCAGAUUCUGCGAAAAAAUUUAUCGCCAACUCGGUAUCGAGUCCGUUGAGUCCGUUAACACCGCCCGGAUUUGAAGAACGAGCGCCCACUCCGACCAGAAAGCCUCCGAAGAGAAGACCGUCCGAUUUAUCAUUUUCUGCUUCGAACACCAAUAUUGAUUUUACCAGACAUACAGAUGACUAUUCACCAAGGAGUCCCGGAACAACGCUCAGAGAAGGAGGCGUCUUAACUACAUUACUGUAAUGAACUUUUAUAAAACAAUGUGAACACACAUGAACUACGAAGGAGAUAUUAUAUAUGCGAUUUGAAUAUCCAACGGCUCAGAUCGAUCACUGAUACAUGUAUAUAAUAUUCAGGUAUAAAUUACAUGAAUAUUAAACUACAGGUGCCUCAGUAAGCGUAAACAAAAUCAAAAUUAAACACGCCAUACUAUUUGAUUUAAAAAUAUAUUAUGUACCAAUCUAGUCUAUGGCUUAAGCUGUAAAAUAGAGGAUAUAAUUUGGUCCUAUAACUCCUAAUUUAUUGAACUUAAUAAUAAAACCGUGCAUGUUUAAAUAAAACUAUAAGAAUAGCAAAACUUGUGCACAUUUA